AUGCCCCGUUCCUCGGAAACACGACGAGCAACUCUGCGAGCCAGCUUCCUACAAAUGCGUCAAGAGGGAGACUUCUCAGAAGAAGACGAACGCUACGCCAUUGUCGCCACGCCACCUCAACGUAUUCAACUCAGCAGAUAUGUUGGUCAGACUUUCAGACGGAAGCGAAGAGCUGAACUUGUUGAUGUCUACCUAUCCGGAGUCCCCGUGCACAUGAUAUGCCGCGAUAUCCAGUGGUCUAUACUUGUUCACUUUUGCAGCACAACUAUCCUCGCAAAGUACACUGCAAAACGUCCCGAGAAGAAAAAAUGUCUCCUGGUCCAGGUGUACAACAGCAAAAGUGCAGAGCCCUUUGCACAAAGCCUCAACGAAGAUCUUGUUACGUUGUGUUGUACCGAGCGUGCUCUCCACGUCUUCGGUCUCGACAAGGAACAAGAGGCUCUCCGCGCAUAUAUCGAACGGAAAUGCCUGGCCACGAGCUCUGUCAAAAAGCUCCGACCCGUUUGGGAGCAUGUGCCCAGGGGUACAUACUGGUCGGAUAGAGUGCUGGACUGUGUCCAAGAGGGACUCAAGUACAUGGACUGCUGCAACGAUAAAUUUGGGCGCUGCUACUGCAAAUCUUUGGAUCCUAGCUAUGCCGCACACGAAAAUUGCCUUGGAGCUUGGGUUGUGACGGACAAGUCGCUGUCAAAGGCGCUGGGCAUGUACAGAAAUAGUCGAGGGCCAACCACACAUACACGCUUUGGUAUCAGGAGGUUCUCUAGCAAACUGCGAACGUCUGAGUGGAUCUUGAGUGUUGAGAGCGCUGACAAAGUGCGUUCUUUUGGUGCAGAUGGGACGCCAGAGCUGCCAGUUGAUAUCGUGAACCGGAAGGUCUCGGUGAAGAAGACAUGUUGUUUGUUGCCCACGUCGUACCAAUUGGAAUGGAUCGAUGAAGAUGGUGGAUACUAUCUCGAGACGAUUGGUGACUGUCAUCCAUCCCCGGAACUCGACACAGACGCCAUCGAACCUACAUCUGUCAGCCGCGAAUGGCUCGCAAGCCGAGGUCAUCGCGGAGGUGGUGGAGGCACUCUGUCCCGAGAAGAGGAAAUGGAGGCACUGGUCCAGCACCGAAAGUGGCAAGCUGGAGAAGCCCAAACCCAAACACCCUCCCCAUCAAUCUCCAACACCCAUCCCUCCUUGGCAACCCUGGAAAACAACACACCCCCACCCGCCUUGGACGCCCCCUCGUUGUUUCACAGCUCGCCCCCACCUGCCCCGGCGCGGGAACGUGAGACGGGCUGGGGAGGUGGGUGGCCAGUGCACCCGUUGCCGAGACGCGAUCUCGCGUGGGUGUCCUGA